GAUCACAACUCCUCUAGUUUUUGAAGAAACCUUAUUGAAUUGACAUCCUCUGGAUUUGCUGCAUAUUGUCCUUGCAAGUGCUACAGAGAAACUUCUCAGAGUUAGUUGUUUUUAGUUAAUAGAAUAUGAGUACCACAGAGAACAUUGUAAAGAGUCUGCCUUGCAGAAUGGAUCAUCUUCUUACUGCUGUGGAGAAUGAACUCCAAGCUGGUAGUGAGAAGGGAGAUCCCACAGAAAGGGAACUCAAAGUGAAUUUGGAGGAUACUGAUCUAUGGACGAGAUUCAAAGAGCUCACCAAUGAAAUGAUUGUCACCAAAAAUGGCAGGAGAAUGUUUCCUGUGCUAAAAAUAAAUGUCACUGGUUUGGAUCCCAAUGCUAUGUACUCGUUCCUCAUGGAUUUUGUGACCGCUGAUAACAACCGUUGGAAAUAUGUUAAUGGAGAAUGGGUACCAGGGGGUAAGCCUGAACCUCAGGCUCCAAGCUGUGUUUAUAUCCAUCCGGACUCCCCCAACUUUGGAGCCCACUGGAUGAAAGCACCUGUUUCCUUCAGCAAGGUCAAACUCACCAACAAAAUGAAUGGAGAAGGACAGAUUAUGUUGAACUCAUUGCACAAAUAUGAGCCAAGAAUUCAUAUAGUGAGAGUUGGAGGGCCCCAAAAAAUGAUCACCAGUCAUUCUUUCCCAGAAACACAAUUCAUCGCGGUGACAGCUUACCAGAAUGAAGAGAUAACUGCUCUUAAAAUCAAGCACAAUCCAUUUGCCAAAGCAUUUCUUGAUGCCAAAGAAAGGACUGACCAUAAGGACUUUAUGGAUGAAGUUGAGAAUAAUCAACAAAACGGUUACUCACAAUUGAGUAGUUGGUUAAUCCCUGGAACCUCACUAUGUUCUUCUGCAAAUCAUCAUUCUCAGUUUGGAGCCCCUUUAACCCUUUCUACAUCACAUGGAUGUGAGAGAUAUACUACCUUAAGAAACCACCGGUCAUCGCCUUACCCUAACCCAUAUUCCCACAGAAAUAAUUCUCCACCAAGCUACAGUGAUAAUUCAUCCCCCUGUCUCCCUGUCUUCCAGUCAAAUGAUCAUUGGUCUGGGUUACAGAUGCAAACACAUAACAAUAUGCUAUCAAUAAACCACCCAAACAGUUCUCCAUCCAGCUCUUGUCAAUAUCCAAGCUUGUGGUCUGUAAGCAACAGUACACUCACACCCUUGUCUCAGACCAGUGGGCUUGCUAAUGGACUUGGAACUCCAUACUUAAGAAGCUCUACAACCCAUUAUACACCGUAUAAUCAACUUGUCCCUUCACCCUCAUUGGGAUCACCUCUUUAUGAAGGUGGGACCACCGAGCUAGAAGAUAACCAGUAUGAUGUCUCAGGUCAUGACAGACUAGCACCAGCAUGGGCAUCAGUUACACCACCUUCCUUGUAAAACAAUUAUUUUUAUAAUGACAAUUGACUUAUGGAAAUGGAAACAUUUAAGAAAAGGACAAUAUGACCAGAUAACCAUUCAUGAUCCUCAAGUGGAAAAUGUCAGAUGAUAUCUAAUGUCUACAGAGAAAAUAUGAGUGACACAUUUUGGUUUGAAGAAUAGAAACAGGCCACUCAAAUAAUUAAACACAUGGGGGGGUCCAUUUAUCAUUGUGCGGACGGACAUGAUCCGCUAUAGCGAACCAUGUCUGCCGCACAUCUAUAAAUGCCGACAGCGUAUGCUGUCGGCAUUUAUCAUUGCACUAGCAGUUCUGGUGAACUGCUGGUGCAAUGCCGCCCCCUGCAGAUUCCCGGCCAAUCAGCCGCUAGCAGGGAGUGUCAAUCAGAUUGCUAUAUGCCGCUUCAGAGGCGGUGAAUAAGUUAAGACCGCUACUUCUUAACUCCUGUUUCCGGCGAGCCUGAAGGCUCGCACGGGAACAGGGGCCAUUCGGACCUUGUUAAAUAGACCCCAUAAAGUUAAUUUCAACAUAGAUUAUAUAAUGUAAAUAAUGUUUGUGAUGUUUUUUCACUAGUUUAACUUAAUUUUAUGAUAACCUGCAAAAUAUAAGUUCAAGUCAACUCAUGAUGCAAAUAAAGCCAGAUGAUGUUAAUAAUUUAAAUAUUGUUAACACAAAUCAAAGGCAUAUAUACAUCAUCAAAUACGUUCAUGGCAACCUGCUUAGAGCUAUUUAUUAUAGAUGCACAUGCUGUGAUAUUUGUACAAUUGCAUAAACAGCUAAAUGUUUUUUGAUAGUUUACUAGUAUAAACACUUGUGUAGCAAAAUGGAUAAGUAAUUGAAGCUACAUCGAGAAAAAAAGGUAAAUCAUUUUACUGUAAUUGUACUUAUUUUAUACUAACAAGGGCACUGCCUAUGAACUAUUUUUCAUAAUUGUAUAGAAUCCCAUGUAUUUAAAAUAAUGUAAGUUAAAUAAAUUACAAAUUAAAUAUG